UUUAGGCUGAAACAGAUGAAGUCGUGGACCAGAAUGUCAGUGAUGUCAGUCCUUCAGCCCCGAGACUCCGGGCUCAGGGGCACGUCAACAGCUGAGGAGUCUUCUUCCCGUCGUUCCGUAGCUGAACUUGCAGGAAGGUUCAAAAGUUCAACUCCUCCAGUCAACGCUGCUAAAGAUCAAACAGAAACGCCGGUGAGACGACGACCGCCGCGUUCACUCCAACUGCCCAAAACAGAAGAUGAGGAGGAGGCUCCAGGUGUCACGUCACCACUUCCUGCCAAAACCAAGAGGAACUCUGCUCUUAUUGAGAAGCUUCAGGCCUCUCUUGCCCUCUCUCCCUCACCACAGCCCUCACCAAAGAGUCCAGGUUUCCGAUUGUUCCCCCCAGCGUUCCCUCCGACCUCCCCAGGCUCCUCCUCUGUGACCGCGGCAUCGCCGGACGACGACAGCCCUGUCCUCGCCUCCCCGUUAACUGAGGAGGAGGGGCCUGUUUCCUUUGAAGCCCCGCCCACCGUGGCAGAGGGUUCCACCCUGUCCAACAUCAACAAGAGCCGAGCUCGUCACUCCAUUCGCAGACGUCCUCCUUCGCGCCGUCACAGGAAGUCCAGCGGUGGCGAGGAGGUGUUCUCCACUAACGACGAUGCGGACCAAAGACCAGAAGAAGGAACCAAGCGGCAGGAACCAGAGGUUCUCCAGACCGAAGACCAAAAGGAGGAUUUGGUUUGUCCUGAACCAACACCGAGCUGCAGAGAAGACGAGACGAAGACGGAGUCCAGAGAAGGAGAGGGGGAGGAGGAGGACACAUCUACGUCAGUACCAGAGGAGGAGAAGAGGAGAGGAGAGGAGGUGAGAGGAGAGGAGGUCAGGUGUGGUGGAGAAACACAACAACAAGUGGACCAGACUGAAGACGAGACGAAGGAGAACGAACUGGACCAGAGUUCCACUCUUUGAGGACUGCGAUGACCACACCUGAGGGGCGGGGCUUAUAAGCAGGGCGGAGCUCUCACGUCUGACAUCAACUCCUCUCCUGAUGAUGAUGUCACAAAAUCGCGGCCUCGUGAAAAUCCUCCGUGGAGUGUGAAGACACGCACACACUUAGUUUACCUCCAGGGGGGCGUCGUCUUCUCUCUGUCUGGACGGUGGGGCGGGAGACACCUCAGGUCAAAGGUCAACACAGAGCUGUUUCUACUGCAGGUUAAAUGAAUGGAUGACAGUGACCUGGAAGAACCUCUGCUGGAACCAGAAUCAAACUGGACAGUGGUGUCUGAGGGUCUGUCCAGUCCUCUGUCCAGUCCUCUGACCAGUCCUCUGACCAGUCCUCUGUCCAGUCCUCUGUCUAGUCCACUGUCCAGUCCACUGUCCAGUCUACUGACCAGUCCAGUCUACUGUCCAGCAGGUUUUUGCCUUAAAAAAAUAAAUAUUUUUGCUAAAAUCAAUUUUUUUCUUCUGUCACUCACAUCAACAACUGAAAAUAAAAAAUGUCUCCUGU